AUGGAAGAGCUCAUGGUCGAGGCGGGCCCGGCGGGCACGUCCAAGGGCACGCUGCAACUGGUGCUGUGCGUGGUGAGCUCCGCAGUGGCAGGGAUUGGCAUCGGCCUCUUUGGAUGUCUCCUCUCAGCCUCAGAUCACCUCAGGCGCCGCAACGCGGGUGUCCACACGGGCAAAAGCCGAUGCUUCCAGGUCUUGGGAAUCAUUGGUUCCAUCGUCUUUGGCUUGGCCUCCUUGGUGGGACUGAUCUUUGGCUCGGUGAGUCUGGCUACGGUGGUGCGCGCCGGAUCCACGCUGCCCUCCAACGCCGUCUUUAGUCAAAUGCUGGGUUUGCGCCCGCUGGUGAGAGACGAUGUCCUUGGAACUUUGGUGACCAUCAGUGGCAUCGUGAGCUUUACGAUUUUCCAGGGAUGGGCUUUCUACCAGCACAGCCGCAGCGAGUACCUCAUGCACAUGGCCAGGCCCGCAUCUUUGGUCUGGCAAGGCUUUUUGCUGAUUGCUCAAGUGAGCUCUGUUUGCUGGCUUUGCAACAACCGGAGUCCACCCCGGGACCGGAAGGAGGAGCGUGGUCCCGCGCGGAAGCGCGCAGUGGCUGCCACGAUGAUUUGCGCUUGCUCAUCUGCUUUCAUGGACUUAGCCGCGAAAGGCUGGUCGUCGUUUCACGUGAAGGAAGAUGACUUCAUUGGGCGGCUAGAUCCAGGCUUCUCCUCCCCCGUCUUCUGGACCUGUCUGUCGGGGAACGUGAUCUUUCUUGUGCUCAUGCGCUGGGGCACCAUCUAUGGAUGUCGCCGCUGUGAUGUCUUAAUCUUUGUGCCUUUGAAUACCACGGCCAACAUCAUCUUGAGCGUGGCCUCGGGGAUGAUCUGUUUGGCCGAAUAUCGCUCCGUGAAAUCGUGGCCGGGCUUGGUCACGGCUGGAGUCUCCAUGCUUUGUGGCAUUUUCAUGUUAGUCACCGGCCCCGCAGAGACGACCCCCAGCACCACCUUGAGCAUCGUCGACUCUGAAGGUGGCAGCAAGCAGAGCAUCUCUGAGGAGGAGUCUCCCCAAUCCUUUGCGCGGAGUGGUACCUCUCAAAGCUCGGGAUUGGGUGAUCCCGAAAUCUCUGCCACCUGUGCAUCUGACUCAGCCAUCUCGCCUUCCAGCAAGCUCAGGAGGCGUAUCCCUGGACUGAGCUUCGUCUAUUUGAACCGCGUGCACCGCCGUGCGGCGGCCGCCAACGCACGUUUGAGCCGCGAACUGAGCAGCACCACGUUCCCGCGUGAGACGCGGGAAGAGGCGGAGGAAGCAGAGACUUAG